CAGUCGAGCUCCGGCCGUCAUGUGAGAGCCAAUGAAAUCACUCCUCGCUACCAAGAAUUCUACCAAGAAUUGACCAAUCGGGUGGCGCCCCACUACCAAGAAUUGCGAGAACCAAUCACCGCUCGUCAUGGGCUACCAAGAUUUGACCAAUCGCAAUCGGUAUCGCUACCAAGAUUUGAGAGACGCUAUUUCGUCCAGACCGUCAUCUUUUGCUGCAUUUUACAAGAAUGGAUCCUAAAUUUAGGAAGAGGGCUGAGAAUGCGCUGGGCUAUGCUGGAUAUGUGGUGGCAUCAAUGUCGGAGGAAUCAGGAAGCUCUGAUUCAACCUCGUCAAUAAAAGAGCCUUGCUGAAGUAUAUUUCGCUGUAUCCGGAGGGACGUUAUGCCAUUCAGUUCAAGAUGGAGGCGAGAUCCACAAGUCAGCGUAAACCAGCCACCUCCACACAGGCCUCCACCUCAUCACAGCCCUCCACCUCACCGCGACCAUCCUCAGUGCCUGUAUCCUCCCUGCGGUCAUUGUUGACAGGGAAAGGUGUGUCCCAGCAGAGCAUCCACAAGUCUGUCAAGAGGCUGUUUAUGCCACCAAAGUUUCAUCCAUCAGCUGUACCUGUGUGCCCCCCAGUUUGUGAGGACAGUGGGAGACCUGCUGGAUCUAAUCCCAGCCUUGGUCCCCAGCUUCAAACCGACACUCCUCAGACCUCUCAGGAUGCGGAAAUGCUCUGCACUCAUCAAGCUCCCCAGCAAGAUGCUCCUAGUGUGGCAGAGGAACAGCCUUCAACAUCAUCAUGCUCCACCAGUCAUGAUGACUCUGUUGGACCAGACAACAUUGAGGGCUUCCAAGCUGUCCAGGACUUGACGGGACACUUAUUCACAUUAAAAGACCACAGUCUUGCCCUGUCAAGAUUGCCCUAUGGGAGUGUUUGUCAGAGUAUGACAAAAAAAAAACAGUCUACCCUCCACGCUAUCAAGACACAAUCUCCAAAGGGAGAUUCAGGGCCACAAAAAAAAAUGUUGCACCUGGUGUAGAGAGUACAAAGCGAUGCUUUGCAGGAGGGAAAAGCCCAGCACAGUGGCCUGACUGCAAUCGUGUGUGUGAGGCACUUUUUAUUCAACUUUGCGAGGAGUAUCGUGGACCCAGGCGCAUUGAUGGAGUCAGGAAAGAGCGUUGGAGCCUUGUCACCAAAGCAUAUCUUCACAUCCGCCAAGUCAUUCUAAAUAAUGCCAUGGUGAUGGAGAAGACCACCAUCCAGCUCCCGGUGAUGAAUACUGCAACCAUCGCUAGUUGGUACAAUAAACUUCAGAAAAAGCAGGAGAAGAGCAUGCUGGAGCAAGGCCUGUCUAUUCCAAAGAACACUAAUGUGAGCCCAGAGAGCUUGCCUCUUGCAGUUGUGAGGAAAGACAGGCCCUGUGUCCCGACCAGCAGUGUGGCAAAUCCCCACAUCUUUGUCCUGCCCUCUAACACGGCAGGGACCGCGCAGCUGAAACAGCGACGGAACCUGCCAGUGACUCCAUCUGCAAUUCGGCCACCAUUCCUUGCAGCUCUCGAUCAACCUCUUCAUCCUCCCCAGCCUGUACCACAACCUCUCCUGCUUGCACCACAACCUCUCCUGCCUGCACCGCAACCUCUCCUGCUUGCACCACAACCUCUCCUGCUUGCACCACAAGCAGUACUUCGGAAAUUGGUACUGCCAAGCCACAGCCACUACAACUCUGGCUGAGUGGAAGGCCUCAUUUGAAGCCCGGGGUUAUGGCAAAAGGAAAGAUGCACCACCACAGUAAUUUUGUAUUUGUAUUGUAUUGUAUUUGUCUUCACUUAUCUAAUAUUAUA